AUGGGACCACUUGGAAAGCCUGAUUCUCAAGCACGGGUACCCCACUCCGGUGUCCCUCUCAUCCUGCGCGAUUUGACGGCCACCUCGUCCUCUUAUAAUCCCCCGUCUCCUCGUCGACAUCGUCCUUUGGAUCCCUGCGACGCUUUCGACUCUCUUUCCCUCUCUUCUACUCGGCCAAUUCCAAUUCCUAAACGGUCCGGGUCAAUCUACGACGAAGAUCUCCCGGUGACUCCACUUACUGGACGUUUCGACAAAGCCUCCUACUUUGACGACUGGGAACGAGCCUCGUUGUCCGCCAAAUCAAGGCAUCUCAUCUCACCUCGCAACGACCGCUCCGCGCGGUAUUCAAGCAUGCGUUCCGAGAACUCCCCCUUCUACUCUCCGGUUGCCUCACCCAUCAUGUCUCCGCAUCGCCCGAGUUCUCCGCAACCGUCGCGUUCACGGACACAGAACUCGACCAAGGCCGUGCCGGGCUUCACUCUCGGCUCUCUACCUCGCUUUCACCCAGCCGUCUACCAGUCCAGUUCCACAUCUCACGCUGUCGCCGCUCAACCGUCUUCUCCGCGGCAAACCCGCCAGCCCAAUUAUCGCACUGCGUCCGGCUCGCGUGACUUCAAGUUGCAAUACCGUGAAUUCCUCGAGGCCCACCACGAUAGUCCGUCGGCUCCACGUCUGGAUCCCCUUCGCAGUCCCGGCCCGGUCACCCCUUUGGCACUAGAGACCGGUGACUACUUUGCUACGGGUUCUUUCAGCACGGCUGACCGCUCUUCGCGGGACGCAGCAGGCCAGCACGCAGGCCCACCACCAGACUUAGUGGACAAGAUCAUUGCACGAGAAAAUGAAAAGGCCCGCCAGAAGACCCGCAAAUCCGCCAAAGGCCGGUGA